GAAGGCUCUGUUUCAUUCCUGGCUGGAUCUUGGAUAGACGGCAGGACGCUGGGGCCCUGCCCCAGCCGGCGCCUUUUUGGAGGAGAGAGAGAGAGAGAGAGAGAGAGAGUUCACCAUGCCAGUCAGGACCUUCGAUCAGGAGAUGGGGUUCAUCCAGCAGCUGAGCCCCUACCACUACCGCGUGGCGGCGGGGUUUGUGCCGGGCAUGUCGGUGCCGGGCGUGUUUUACGUCAACGACCGCCUCAAGGGGCUGCUGUUUGAGGAGCUGCAGGCCUACUGCCAGCGAGGCGAGCACGGUGGCUUCCUCCCCGCCGUCAAGCAGCUGGCCAAUGUGGCCGCGCUGCCCGGCAUCGUUAAGAAGUCCAUAGCGCUGCCUGACGUGCACAGCGGGUACGGCUUUGCCAUCGGAAACGUGGCCGCCUUCGACAUGGCCGACCCGCAGGCGGUGGUGUCGCCCGGAGGAGUGGGGUUCGACAUCAACUGCGGCGUGCGCCUCAUCCGCACCAACCUCACAGAGUCUGACGUGGCGGAUGUGCGGGAGCAGCUGGCGCAGGCCCUGUUUGACCACAUCCCCGUGGGCGUGGGCAGCCAGGGCAUCAUCCCCACCACCGCCCGGGACCUGGAGGAGGCGCUGGAGAUGGGCAUGGACUGGAGCCUGAGGGAGGCAAGCAGGCGGCUGCAGGGGGGGUACUCUUGGGCCCAGGACAAAGAACACUGGGAGGAGUAUGGGGGCAUGGUGGGGGGCGAACCCUCCAAAGUGGUGGACGAGGUGUUUGACCGCGUGGCGGCCCGCAAGAUGGGCAUCGACCAGGUCGGGCAGGUGUGCGUGAUGAUCCACAGCGGCAGCCGCGGGCUGGGCCACCAGGUGGCCACAGACGCGCUGGUGGGCAUGGAGCGGGCCAUGGCGCGGGACGGCAUCCUCACAAACGACCGCCAGCUGGCGUGCGCGCGCAUCGGGUCGCAGGAGGGCCAGGACUACCUGACCGCCAUGGCCUGCGCCGCCAACUACGCCUGGGUCAACCGCUCCUCCAUGACCUUCCUGUGCCGCCAGGCCUUUGCCAAGAUGUUUGGCUCCACCCCCGACGACCUCGACAUGCACGUGGUGUACGACGUGUCGCACAACAUUGCCAAGGUUGAGGAGCACCUGGUUGACGGGCAGCUGAAGACGCUGCUGGUGCACCGCAAGGGCUCCACCCGCGCCUUCCCGCCCCACCACCCGCUCAUCCCCGUGGACUACCAGCUCACCGGGCAGCCGGUGCUCAUCGGGGGCACCAUGGGCACGUGCAGCUACGUGCUGACAGGCACGGAGAAGGGCAUGGGGGAGACGUUUGGGUCGACGUGCCACGGCGCGGGGCGGGCACGCAGCCGCAACAACAGCCGCAACAAGCUGGACUACCAGCAGGUGCUGGAUGCGCUCAAGACGAAGGGAAUCGCCAUACGCGUGGCCAGCCCCAAGCUGGUGAUGGAGGAGGCGCCCGAGAGCUACAAGGAUGUGAGCGAGGUGGUGGACACGUGCCACUCGGCGGGCAUCAGCAAGAAGACGGUCAAGCUGCGGCCCAUAGCGGUGGUCAAGGGAUGACCCAAGGGCACGGGGCUGGAUGCCAGUCGUGCCCAUGCCCAUUGCCCCUGCCCCUGUUGUUGCUUGUCCCCUGCUGCUCUGUACUCGCUAAUCAACACCAGUUCACUCUUGUACAUCAUCUUUCUGUCAGCACCACACACAUC